AUGUCCAAGUUUAAUGCAGCGAAACAAAUAAAUCGUUCCCUUCGGCAUUUAUUGGAUCUGCUAGCCAUUCUGUACGUGUUGGAUGUGCUCACAUUCUACGUGUGCAGUGACAUGCUCUAUUUCAUCACACGUGUCACCCUGUAUGCAAAUCGAUGGGUAUAUUUGCGCUGGUUAUUUGCUGGUUAUCUUUGUUUCCGUAUCGGACGUUUCGCAUGGUAUCGACAUGGAGUUCACAAAAAAUUGAAGAAGAAACAAAACGAAUUGAUGAACAAACAUGGUCUGCUGAACCAGAAACUCAAAAUGGGUGAAGUACCCGCACUGACCACGGAACAGGCCACGCAGAUGACAAUUCCUGAAUUGCGCAAGCAGCUACGAGAGCGUAAACUGAUGGCGGUAGACGUUAUUGAUGCGUACCAACGCAAAAAUUUGGAAAUUUUCCAACGUCAUCCAGGAUGUAUCGCGGAGAUCGUGUUUGAUUCGGAUGUGUAUGCUAUUCUGGCCGACACGAAAUUGGACAAACUGAAAGAAGCAGACUCAAAAGAACCACAUUUGUUUCUUGGUAUCCCAGUUAGUGUCCAAGAGUUGUUUCCAAUUCGUGGUUUCGAUCACACAAUGGGCUACACAUGCCGCACGAAUAAAGCAGCCGAAGAUGAUUGUGCUCUAGUUGCUGCUUUGAAAGAUGCCGGUGCAGUUCCGUUUGUCCUGACAAAUGUCCGACAGAAACUGCUCGGGAUGACAUCGGAAAAUCCCAUUUUCGGUCGAACUCGACAUCCCACACAUCCUCAUCGUGCUUGUAUCAGUGGUGAUGCUGCGCUUAUCGCGUUGCAUGGGACACCUUUGAGCUUUGGUGCUGAUUUGCUAGGAGAAGCUCGUCUUACAGCCGCCUUCUGUGGCAUGGUCGCUUUCAAACCAACUACUGGGCGUAUGAGCCAAAAAGGUAUCAAUUUGCCACUUAAGAUGCCCGAUGCACUUGGAUUCGUAGCCACUCCGAUUGGGCGCACUGUUGAGGAUGUUGCUGAUGUCUUUCGUGCACUGUGGGCCUCCUCAUUGUUCACACACGAUCCAUCACUCAGUCCGGUUAAAUUCGACGAGUCUCAGUUUACACGUGGGAAGACGGGAAAACUUCGCAUUGGUUUCUACAGUGGCUUUGAAAACGUUUUGCCUGUUUCACCAGCAGUGGAGCGCGUGAUGGAACAAACAAAAAGCUUUUUAGAAAGUAAGGGUCAUGAACUAGUGGAGUUUACCCUACCGGAUUCAGACAAAGCUUAUGAGCUGAUUAUGAGCAUUUUUAAUUCAUGUAUACAACCGGAAACAUUGCGUCUCGUCUAUCACGAGGGACAUGGAGACAUAAUUGUGGACUAUAGGCAACGUGCACUGCAUGCCCUGUAUGCUUUGCCGUCAGUUUUGCGCAGAAUCAUUUGUCAUAUGCGUGCUGAUGCGGUAGAGGAAAACUAUCACGUUACUGCUCUUGCUCUAAGAGGAAUUGGGUGUACAAAGCCCUACAUAGACCUGCUAAACGAAUGUGAAUCCUAUUGUAAAUCGGUGUUCGAGAAGUGGAACGAUAACGAGUUGGACUGCCUUCUAUGCCCGAUAACCCCGAUUCCGGCCCCAUGGGACUACUCUUCAUACUACACGGUACACUUUGUGCUCAUGUUCACCGCACUAUACAACCUGCUCGGUUGUCCUGCAGGCACUGUUCAAGUGGGCCGAGUGGAACGGUCUGAUAUUGAACAAGUGCGGGAUGCGAUCAAGCCGGGAGAGGAUAUGAAAACACUGCUCAUGUUUGCCCAACAAACAGAUGGAUCAGAGGGACUGCCGCUUGGAGUACAAAUCGUGAGCAAACCGUGGAACGAUGAACUAGCUCUUGGAGUACUGCAAACGCUAGAACAAAUGAAAGUGUAG